CCUGUUACACCUGUCCUUGUUGAACAGGUGUAACAGGAAGCUGUGUUCAAGGCUAUAAAAGCACAAAGGUCUGCAAUGGGACAAUUGAGCUUUGGUACCCAACCCCACUAAGACAUCAUGAGAGCUACUGCAGUGAUCCUUCUGGUCUACUCUCUUCUGGUUGUCGGUCAUGCAUGGGAAUGCCAGAUAUCAAUGAUCAAGAAUCUGGUACAGAUUGAUGCAGGAAUUGGACAAGUGGUUGCUACCGACGCAAGUCAAAUUCCCUACUACCUGGUAGGUGAUGAAUGGAUCCGCCUGCCUGGUUCUCUGUCACACAUCACUGUGGGGCCAGCAGGAAUCUGGGGUGUCAAUGAGGCAUAUGCAAUUUACAAGUAUGUGGCUGGCAAUUGGGUGCAAGUUCAAGGCCUUCUGAAACAGGUGGAUGCUGGGGGUGACCCUUUUAUUGUUGGGGCCAACAUGCAUGAUGCACCAUUCUGUCUGGAAAGUAGUGUCACAGUUGGCUACAAGGGUCCAGUCACACACCUUCCAUGGACUGCAUUGCCAGGAUUAGUGAAGUACUACAGUUGCGGACCCUUUGGGUGCUGGGCUGUCAACAACGAUGACAAUAUCUAUAUAAUGAAUCUAAAGCAAGACUGCCAAAACAAUGGGUGGAUUCAAAUUGAAGGCAAGCUUUCCAUGAUUGAGGUGGGAACUGAUGGUAGUGUCUUUGGAGCUAACUCGAAAGGGGAUGUUUAUACCAGACACGGCAUCUCAGCCAGUAAACCCGAAGGCACAGGAUGGAGACAAAUCCCAAUGUGCAUGCGCAUUAAGCAUGUGACCUAUGACCUGGGCCAUCUUUGGGUCAUCUCCAACUCUGGCAUCACCAUGAUGUGCAAACACUAAGCCUCUGCAGCUGAAUGCCAUUAGGAACCGUCAUUGGUCAACAUAUUGAAUGUAGUUGCUUGUUAAAUGUUUCUUCCAAUAAAGUACUGAGUUGGAAUCUGA